AUGGAAACAGAUGUUGUUAAAAACACUGCUCCUCAAACAUCCAUUGCAAGAAAGAGGAGAAAGCUUAUUCUUAAAGCAAAGAGGGAUUAUCGAAACCGUGUCAGAUCAAGCAACCUCACUUCCCAUUUAAAUCAUAAUUUUACAUCUUCUGUAACAUAUGAAACCACUAUUGAAACGGCUAUGGCUAGAAAGAGAAGGAAAAUAAUCUUGGAUAACAGAAAAAGAUUGAGAAAUUUGUUCAAUACUGAAGUUAGUAGGGUUCAAAAUACGAACAACAUUGUUAGUCAAAGUCAGAACAUGGAUCAUGCAUCUACUUCAAAUUAUAAUAUGUCAAGUCAGUCCAUGGAUCAUCCAUCUACCUCAAAUCAUAAUGUGUCUGUUGAAUCUCAUUAUGAAGACAAUGAUGACUCCAACUCUGACAAUAAUUUAAAUUCUUCUAAUAGUUCCAGUUCUGACGAAGAUUCAGACCCGGCACAAUUACAGGAGGCCCAUCUUCAAGAAUAUUACGAUAUUGGCGACCAAAGUUAUGAAUGCGCACACUGCCAAGCAUGUAUGUGGUACCAAGAAAAAGUGAAUAGACACAAAAUUACAGCAACUCCUCGCUUUUAUCGUUGUUGCCGUGGAGGAAAAAUUGUUCUUCCGUUCCUUGAGCAACCUCCACAGGUGUUGCAAGAUCUUCUAUUUAAUAACACAUAUUCAGAUAGUAAAAACUACCAGGCUAACAUACGAACAUACAACGCAAUGUUCUCAUUCACUUCCCCUGGAAUGAAGUUCGACACAACAUAUUCUAAAAGAGGUGGACCCCCUACUUUGAGACUGCAGGGUCAGACCUGUCAUCGAAUUGGUACACUGCUGCCAGAAACAGGGCAACCUCCGCAAUAUGCUCAAUUAUACAUCUAUGACACGGACAAUGAAGUUGAACACAGAAUAAAAUGUUUCAAGGACAACAAAGGCAUCGAGCGACCGGUUGUCAAAAAGCUCAAGAUGAUGUUAGAUCAGCACAAUGUUCAUGCCAAAGCUUUUAGAAUGGCAAGGGAUGUUUUAAGGACAAAUUCUUUCACAGAUUUAAAACUCAGGCUUAUUUCUGAUAGAUCCGAAGAUGGCCGUGUUUACAACAAACCUACUGUCUCAGAAGUGGCUGCACUCAUUGUGGGAGACAUUGAUUCUGCUGAUAAAAGGGACAUCUUAAUUCAGCGCCGCAAUGGUGGUUUGCAACGAAUAGAUGAGUUUCACCCAGCAUAUUUGGCUUAUCAGUAUCCUCUUAUAUUUCCUUAUGGGGAAGAUGGUUACAGGAAAAAUAUAAUGCACAGAUAUCGCCAUGAAACUGAGGUCACUAAGAGAAACCGUCAAAGCAUUAAGGAUUGGUUUUCUUACCGGUUACAACAACGUCGCAAAGAGGCAAAAACACUACUUUACUCAAGACGCCUAUUUCAACAAUUCUUAGUCGACGGCUAUGCUAUGAUGGAAUCCGAACGACUGAAUUGGUUGAGAGAUAAUCAGUCGAAAUUAAGAGUGGGCAAAUAUAAUAAUUUGGCCGCUCAAACUGAUUGCGAUACAAGAAAUGAACACCAAAAGCGAGGAAAACGAGUUGUUCUGCCAUCAACAUUUGUUGGUAGCAAGAGAUAUAUGGAUCAAUUAUAUUUUGACGGUAUGGCCAUUUCAAGUCAAUUGGGAUUCCCUGAUUUAUUUGUUACUUUUACCUGCAACCCAAAUUGGCCUGAAAUUAAAAGAGCAUUGUCAGGCACAGGUCUACAACCCCAUGAUAGGCCAGAUAUCAUUUCAAAAGUUUUCAAAAUAAAGUUUGAUACCCUCAUGGAUGAUAUUACAAAACACCAUGUCGUGGGAAAAGUGAUUGCAUUACCAAAAUAUUACAUCGAACUAACUUUCAAUUUAAUAGAUAUGUACACCAUCGAAUUCCAAAAGCGCGGAUUGCCACAUGCUCACAUCUUGAUAUUCCUACACCCUAAGAGCAAAUACCCAACACCAUCCGACAUAGACAAGAUCAUUUCUGCUGAAAUUCCCGACCCGACUGUUCAUCCCAAUUUAUACAAAUUGGUUAGGGCACAUAUGAUGCAUGGACCCUGUGGGCUUGCUCGCGUGACCUCACAAUGUAUGAAGAAUGGACGAUGUUCUAAAUACUACCCCAAAAAGUUUAUUGAAGACACUAUUGUUGAUGCAGAGGGAUAUCCGCUGUAUAGGAGAAGAUCAAAAACCUUCACUAUUGAAAAAAAUGGCUAUGACAGAAUAACAGCAGCAGUUUCAACAAAUAGCAAUCAACCUGUUGAUGAGAUCCAACAAUAUCUCGACUGCAGGUAUGUCUCACCCAGUGAAGCAUGCUGGCGCAUUUACUCUUACAAUAUUCAUGGCAGAAAACCAGCUGUGGAACGUAUGUUCUAUCAUUUGGUUGGGGAGAAACCUAUAUACUAUACAGAUUAUGCACGCAUGGAAAAUGUGCUGGAAACUGCAAGUGUGACUGAAUCAAUGUUUACUGCAUGGCUGGUAGCAAAUGCUAAAUAUGAAGAGGCACAAACAUUAACUUAUGGUCAGUUUGUCUCAAAGUUUGUUUACCACAAAAAAAAGAGAGAAUGGAAACCGCGGAAAAAAGGCUUCACCAUUGGACGUCUCAUAUGGGUUCCGCCAACAACUGGUGAACUGUUUUACCUGCGCAUGAUGUUGACGGUGGCAAAAGGACCAACAACAUAUGAGGAAAUCAGGACCGUGGAUAACAUUCAGUAUGAUACAUUCAGAGAUGCAUGCUUUGCAAUGGGAUUUCUUGAAGACGACAAAGAAUACAUAGCUGCUAUAAAGGAGGCAAGUCAUUGGGGGACUGGUCAUUUUCUUCGAAAACUGUUUGUUAUCAUGCUUUUGUCUGGUGCUGUUAAUCGCCCUGCACAUGUUUGGGAACAAACUUGGCUCCUAUUAUCUGAUGGUGUCUUACAUACACAAAGAGCAUUGGCUGCUAAUCCAGAAUUGGACCUCACACAAGAAGAGUUGCAAAAUUUGACUUUAAUAGAAAUUGAGAAACUGCUUCAGGCAAAUAGAAGGACACUAAAGGAUUUUAGUCCUAUUCCAUAUCCGGAUGCUUAUGUUCUUGAACAGUUGGGAAACAGGCUCAUAUAUGAUGAGCGUAAUUAUGAUACAGCAUCAAUGAACUCAGAAUUUGAAAAUCUGUUUGCUGCUCUUACAGAUGAGCAAAGAAGUAUUUAUGAAAAAAUCAUCCACGCUGUGGAGUCUCAAAAACCUGCGGUUUUCUUCCUUCAUGGUUAUGGUGGUACCGGAAAAACAUAUAUGUGGAGAACACUCGCAGCUGCAUUAAGAUCAAAACACGAUAUAUGUUUAACUGUUGCAACUAGCGGUAUAGCAUCAUUGUUACUUCCAGGAGGUAGAACUGCACAUUCAAAGUUCAGGAUACCGGUACCAACUAUGGACAAUUCUACUUGCAAGGUUGAAUUCAACGAUGAUGUCGCAGACAUGUUACGACAGACAAAGCUUAUAAUAUGGGAUGAGGCACCAAUGGCGCAUAAGUAUGCAAUAGAAUCGCUUGACAGAACUUUGAAAGAUGUUAUGAGUGCAGACAAAAAUUCAACUGAUGUAUUCGGUGGAAAGGUUGUUGUUUUCGGGGGUGAUUUCAGACAGAUUUUACCUGUCGUCCCCAGAGGCAGUCGUUCCGAUAUUGUACACUGUGCCAUAAAUGCAUCUUACAUAUGGCAUUCAGUUGAGGUAUUAACAUUGACAAGAAACAUGCGGCUACGAACAGGAUCGACACAGACUGACAAAAAUGAGAUAGCACAGUUUUCAGAUUGGCUUUUAAGAAUAGGAGAGGGCCGAAUAUCUGAGCCUAAUGACGGCACCGCCGAAAUCAACAUACCACCUGAUAUUCUGAUAACAGAAUUUGAUGAUCCAAUCGUGGCCAUUGUCAAUAGCACAUACCCUGAUUUCAUAAAUAAUUUCCAAUGUGUAGAUUACCUUAAAAGUCGAGCGAUACUUGCCUCUACACUGCAGAUUGUUGAUCAGAUCAAUGACCAUAUACUUAGCUUGAUGCCAGGAGAGAUUCGUGACUACUACAGCGCAAAUUCAGUUGACAAGUCUGAGAUUCAUGACCCAGCAGUAGUUGAUAUCCUCACACCAGAAUUUCUAAGUUCCCUCCGAACAUCAGGAUUGCCAAACCAUCACUUAAAACUAAAGGUUGGGACACCUAUAAUGCUCAUGAGAAAUAUAGAUCAGGCUGAAGGUUUAUGUAACGGCACAAGGCUGUGUAUAACAAAGAUGGCAGCCCAUGUACUGGAGGCUUCAAUAAUGGGUGGUAAAGGUAUGGGAAAUUUGGUUUACAUACCUCGAAUGGACAUGUCACCAUCCCAAUCACCAUGGCCAUUCAAACUGAAUAGGAGACAGUUCCCUAUUAUAGUUUCCUAUUCUAUGACAAUUAACAAAUCACAGGGACAGUCCUUGGAUAACGUUGGUUUGUACUUACCGAAAGAUGUAUUCACACAUGGCCAGAUUUAUGUCGCAUUGUCAAGAGUAACAACAAAAAAGGGAAUCAAAAUACUGAUACAUGAUGAAGAAAAGAAAUUCAGGGAGAAAACUACAAAUGUUGUCUAUAAAGAAGUUUUUAACAAUGUCUAA